AAGACACGCUAUGCCCUAUAAACUCUUUCUGUCUCGCCUCCCACAUUCGUUCUUCUCUAUCAGGGGACUGUCCAGCCACGCUACUAGACCACCGGCGCCACUGUUCCAGACCUCCGUCGCCCACCCUUCCAGACCUUCGGUCCGACAGCAAGGCAUCAGGUUUGGCUUUCGUUCUUCUCCGGUCGCUGAAAAAAAAAGACACGCUAUGCUGAAAUCUUGCUGAUUUCUUUUAUUUCUGAAAUAUUGCUCAUUUGUGAUUCGUUCUUUUCCAAUCGUCUGAAAUCUUGCUGAUUUGUUAUAUUACCAAAAUGUUGCUGUAAAAUCUUUUCUGAAAUUCGAUCACUCCUAAAUUUUCUGAAAUCGAUUUUUUGAAAUUGAGUUUUUGAAAUCGAUUUUCGCAUAACCAUGCGUUCCCAGCUCAACCCAAGUGUAGUUUCAAGAACAUUACCGACUAUUACAGGCUCCCCUUUUGACCAAUGCCACUGGAAAAACUUUAAAUCUCCAGGUUGAAUGUCUAUUGCCACCGAAAGCAGCUUUACAUAACUGCUGAUCACCAUCAUUACUUUCUUUCACAAAAUCUGAACAAGAGCAAUGUUGCUCAAGCAUCUCUCGCAUAUCUUAUCUUCUGGUUUAUGCAUCUUUAAGAGCUUUUGUGUUUAAUCCCCAAUUCAAAAAUUGAACCUUUACAGCAAUUACUGCAUACAUCAGGUAGUAAGAAAAUUAGGAUAUAAUUAUAUGUAAACCCUCACAUACUUGCACAAACAUUACAAUGACAUACCAAGAAGUAUUUGGAACAUGAUUACCUCAACAGAUGGACUCUCUUUAGUCUUUACCAAGAAGAUAAAGGGAUGAAGAUAUGAGAUAAACCUGUGGAUAUUUUAAUCAUGGGGAAAUUGUUUCUAUUUGCCAGUUAUAUUUGGCGUCUGUAAAUGGAAAUUUUCGUGCGUCGGAGAAAGCGUAGGGAUCCAUGGAGGUUAAUUGGCCGGAGCACGGUGUCCUUCGUCUGUGUUUGCUUGGCGCAGUUAGCCCUUUACCUGAUAUCUUCCUUCUUCGCGUCCUCCAGUAUUAUCAUACCUUUUAUAUUCUCAGUGAUGACAUUGAUAGCGAUGGCAACGUUAGGGAGAAGAUGCAAGAGGUUAUUUGGACUGCGUGGUUCAGCUCCUGCUUUUGUGAUUGCGAAUCUAUUGUUCAUUUGGUUUGCUUAUGUGAUUGUAAUUCGACAAGCUGUCUCUUCUUUAUUGGACAUUGUCUUCAAUGUAGAGCUUAUUAUGCUCCAAAUCGGUCUAUAUAGAAUCCUAUUAGGUGAUCCUGGUUUUGUUAAUUGCAAACCUCCUAAUGAAAACAUAGAUUCUCUCUCCAACAAUGAAACAUAUCAGGAGGGAUCAGAGCUCCUAAUAUCUGAUGAGAGUCCAUUAUUACUUCAAAGGGUAAGAUAUUGUAAGCAUUGUGAUGCAUAUGUUAAGGGAUUUGAUCACCAUUGUCCUGCUUUUGGGAAUUGUAUAGGUCAAAACAAUCAUCUACUUUUCAUGAUUCUCCUAGCAGGAUUUAUAACAGCUGAAGCUUGUUACAUUAUGGGUGCAUCUCAAAUUUUGUCCGAGAGUAAAGAGAAGGUUGGUUGGAAUGAAACAUUAGUUUCUAGCACAAUGAUAUUUUCCAUUCUGCAAGUGCUAUGGCAGGGGGUAUUUUUGGCAUGGCAUAUAUAUUGUGUGUGUUUCAAUAUCAGAACAGAUGAGUUUAUACACUGGAAAAGAUAUCCAGAGUUCCAACAUAUUGUACAGCUUCAACCAGGGGAGACGAUAACAACAACAAAGUUUAUAAAUCCAUAUGACAAAGGAAUUUUGCAGAAUUUGAAGGAGUUCAUUGAUGUCAGAGGCUAAACGAAUUGAAGCUUAUUGUUGUUGUAAAUUAGUUAAAGCAUCAAGUUUUAAGGAAUUACAUCAUUUUGUCUUCAAUUCCCAUUUUUCCUCUGCUCCUCUACCAAUGAUGCAAGAAUGGUUCCAGAGUGUUAUGAGUCAGCUUUGUGUUAUGAGUCAGCUUUUUCAAUAUGCGAGUUGUUGCAUCUUUAGCCUUAAUUACAUUUAUGACUUUUGACUUAAUUUAUAUACUUUGUUGUGAUGGAGUUGUUGAUGAUGACAUGGAAAACAUCAUUGUUGCUCAGUUUCUAUACGUUGAUGUUAUUGAUUCUAACAAGGAUAUUGUGAUGUAUGUGAACUCUCCUGGAGGAUGGUGGUAUGGCCAUCUUUGACACCAUGAAGCAUAUGUGAAACAAGGUGUCCCUUACUAGCAAUGUAGUAUCACGGUAUAUAGUUAGCGAAAACCUCUUAAUAAUAUGUACUAUUGGACCCCCUUAAUAUCAAUGUAUUACAAUUUUUUGAUAAUUUCUUUGACAUGCCGUUAUUGUAUGAAAUUGUUUUUUUGGUA